AUGGUCGGCUUCUUCUCCUUUGGGAGGAAGCGCAAGGCGCGGGACGCGCUCGAGGGCGAUCAAUCGCGCCAACGUCCCAACCCGGCGGAGAUGACGCACGAUCAGCGCAGCAGCCUUCUCUCGUCUGUUCCGGCGGCUUCAGACCUUGAUGAAGCGCAAGCGGACCACGAUCUGGCAACUGAUGCAACGCCCAAGGAUCUUCUGAGUGUGCAGCAAGAUGCUACUCCUGUUGCGAAUAUCGCCGUCGUUGCGCGUCAUGAUUCUGAAGAAGAAGAUCUCCACUGUACCUCGAGCAACGACUCCGAGCAGGACGAUCCUGGUGAGGAUUUCGAGAGUGUGCAUGAAGCAGACGCGCAAGACGACAAUCAAAGCGAUGACGAUCAAGACUAUGGAAGUCAAGAGGACGGCAGCCAAGCGCAAGACGAUGAAGAAGAUGGCUCCCAACAAGGCUACGGUAGCGAGGAGGCCAACGACGAAGAAGACCGUCGAGAAGACGWCGACAGCUCCUCGGAGUCCGAAGAAGUUUCUUCUGAAGUCUUCAACUCCAGCAUGCAGCGACCCGAGCGUAGUGCUGCCCACAAUGCAGACAUGCGCAACUGCCGCAAACGUCUCCAUCUGCUAAACCUCCCUCUGGCUAUCCGCAACGAAAUCUCCAUCGCCGUACUCGUUCACACUGCCCGACUGGCUGAUGAUACAGGGGAACUGCAACAAUUCGUUGUUGUCUCUGCCAAGGUCGGCGAUCCCGCCAGCAAGGUGCCGUUUUUGAAAGUGUGUCACCAGAUUCGCGAGGAAGCCACUCCUGUGUUCUACCUGGCGAAUCGUAUGGUCAUUGAAGUCGAGGACUGGGACGUGACGCCGUUGCUAUCGUGGUGGGCGCGCGUCGAUCGCAUUCGCCAGCAGAACUACCUCGAUCUCAAUCACUUCACUGUCCUCAAGAACGUCGUGCUAGGCGAGCUUUUCAUUCGAGCCAACUACAACCUCAACUGGGAGAACCUCCUCGAAUGGUUCCGUCUGUUCCAUCACAAACCCAUGUUCUGUUUCGAUUUUCCGGAUAUCGAGCACAGCAUCGGCGGCUCGAGGGAWCAGUUGAUGGUCGUGGUGGCAGCCUUUGAGCUUAUGAGGAAUGUUGACAGUGAGAGACUGUCUUKGUCUGUCGUCGAGAAGAUGCUCAGCGGAACGAAGCUUUUGCUGGGGCAGUGGGAUGAAGAAGGGGAGUGGUCGCCAGUGAGAAGCACUCCAUCAGUCCAGGAGGAGCAGAGCGAAGAUUCUUUCGCCGCGCUUGAAGAUACAAGCGAUACAGCUUCCCAAUCGUUCCAGACGAUCACUGAGGAGCUAGAUGAAGCGGACCAAUACGAUACCGGCAGCUUGACAAGCAGUCAGACUCAAGGCAGAGUCUUUCUCUCCGAGGAUGAAGACGAAGGCGAGAGCGAGCUGGAAGCCUUCUUGCACGCCACCGCGAGUGAGAUCGGCGAGCUUCGCAAGCAGGUGCUGGCGUCGCACAGUGGCUCCAAGACGAAAGUACUUUCGACGGCGACUGACAUGAUCCAUGGCUUUCCCAUGCGCCCUACCCGCCCAAGAGGACGUGGCGAGGUGGAGGCAGUCGAGGAGACAAGUUUCGCCAACGCUGCAGCGUUCGACACUUCCACCGAGCCUGCGGCUUAUCAGAUCACCUGUUCUCCACACGCAGGCCGAAUCCAAACCUUUCACGAAGGCGAGGCGAGUCUCGCGAACGGUGUGGCAACCACCUCAGCCAACGCUCAGAAGGUGGUCCAACUGACCUUUGAUGGACACCCCCGCGACUUUGCCCAGACAGUUGACCCGGAUACUGGCUUGACGUAUCUCACCCAAAUCAAAUCGACCGAUCCGACAUCCAGGAACCUCUCCCAGCGAUCCAUCUCACCGACUCCUUCUUCUUCUCAGAUCAACUGCUUUGCCCCGUCGCCUAUCGUCGAUGACACACAAUACUCAGAAGACGAAGCGUCCUCAGAAAACGAGCAGCUUCCAUCCAAGACGAAGUUGUUCGGAGGAGUUCGCACGGCUUCGCGAAAGCAUCAGACUCUCGAUGAAGUUCCGGAGACGCCGGAGAAGAGCUCCGUAACUCAUACUGGCUCCUGCUCAACAUCGCCCAUGAUGUUACCGCACAUCGCCUUCGGACGCAAGACGAGCAAGGUCGCGCGGAGAAACGCCGAGGAUGUUCCAGAGGGUGCUGCGAUCGCAACUAGCGAUGCCCAGAAGCGUCGUGCUUCUUUUCUGGCGGCAUUGAAGGCGAGAGACAUGGAGAUUGGGGAACAGAGUCGGAAUCUGAUUUCAAGAGGCACGGCUUUUGGCUAUGAUUGA